CGUUCUGUAACAUAUGUAUAGCACGUCGUAUAUUUUCAGGGCCGAGCAAUACGACAAUGAUCAAAGUGUAUUUCAACACAACUCCUACAAUACUGUUGUAUCUACUCUUGCCGAAGUCUUGCCGAAUGAAAGUAGUAACAACUACAAAAACCUGUGUUUUCUGGACAUGGGGUCAGGUACUGGAAACAUCGGCCAAGCAUUGCAUGAGCAUAGAUUUAUAGGCGUGAUAGAUGGAGUUGAAGGGAACAGUGAAAUGAACGCUGUUGCUGAGCAGAAAAACAUGCAUCGAAACCUGAUUGUGCAUUUCCUAACUCCGGAUACCCCUGUGCCCCUUGAUGACGCAAGCUAUGACGUAAUCACUUGUUGCGCGUCUCUUUCUCCCAGGAGUUUACCAGCUUCGACAGUAUUGGAAAUGGUUCGACUACUUAAACCAGGAGGUUAUAUAUGGUACACUACUCGAGACACUUCUCAGCAUAGCAUUUACAAUUCUAAACUAAACGGAUUAAUUGAUGAAAUGAUUCAAAGCGAAAAAGUAAAAGACAUAAUUCGAAGAUCGUUUUCCUACUAUACAUACGAAGUUAAGAGCGAAAAUGGCGGAACAGAAAUGUUUUCUUUACCGGGCAUCGAACGAGUUUUGAAAAUAACAUAAAAAUAAAAAUAAGUGUAAUGAUGCUA